AAAAGGAUAUAUAAUUGGGUAAUAUCAAACAAAAAUGUCUAAACUAAACUCGUGGUUGGACCUUAAUUUUCGUCCUUAGUUUAAGCAAAUAUGACCAUUUCAAUUCCCUCUUAUAUAAGACAUAUUGACACACACUUGCGGAUCUCAAAAACAACAACUAAUACUAGACCCAAAACAAAAACAAAUACAAAAGAAAACACAAAAACAAAACCAAAAAGAAACCAAAAACCCCAAAAGCCUUUUCCCACCCUUUCUCUGUCCUAUAGAGUUCUAGAUAGACUUUCUUUAAUCGUUAUCUCCCCAGAUAAAAAGCCAUCCCUCACCGCUUACACCUUUCUCUUUCACUCUUUACCAAACACCCACUUUCACCUUUUUCCAUCACAAAUCUCUCUUUCUUUCUCUCUCUCUCUGUCUCUCUGUGGGUAAUUAUGUCGAACACCUUUAGGAAGAACUUCCAGCUCUGCAGCUUCUUCAAUUUCAGAUGCCUUCCAACAAUCCAAUCUCCACCUCCUCCACCUAAUGAUGAUGAUGAUGAUGAUGACCACCAUAUCCAUUCUUCCUCUACUACUUCACUCCUCAAGAACUUCAACACCAUCUACCAAGACUUCACCACUACUACUGCCUCAACCUCCAAAUCCUUUACACCCUCUUCCACCACCGAUGAUCACUUCUUCUCUUCCUCCGACGACUCCGACUCCGAUAAUCAUCAAUCCCCGCCCGACUUUGCGGCCGUUUUCGCUUCCCAACGCUUCUUCUUCUCCUCUCCUGGCAGCUCAAACUCCAUUAUUGAGUCCACGGAUACCAAAACCGAGGAUUCCGAUAUGACGAAGAUGAUGGACGACAGUACUACCGGCGGUGUUAGGGUUCGGAAGUUCUCGGUGAACCCUUACGAUGAUUUCCGGAGAUCCAUGCAGGAAAUGUUGGAAGCUCGUGAUGUGUUGGUGGAUGGAAGGAGCGACUUGGAGUAUCUACAUGAGCUUCUCUUGUGCUAUCUCGCAUUGAAUCCUAAACAUGCCCACAAGUUCAUCAUCGAGGCCUUCACCGACCUCGUCAUCGACUUGUUAUCUUCGCCGGAAACAAUGAAAAUCGGGCGGCCAAAUGAUAUUUUGCGGCGGCGUGUGGUGUAACAUAACCAAAAAAGAGAGAAAAAAAAAAAAAAAAGGAAUUAAAGAAUUAGAAAAUAGUGUUUUUGUUUUUGCCCUUGUUGUUAUGGGGGGUUAUAAAUAUUAUUUAUUGUCUUGGUUUUUGAGUGUAAAAGGAUGUUUGAUCUAUGAGACAAAGAACUUAAAAAAAGAAAAUUUUGAUUUUGAUAAUCAAAAAAUUAACCAAAGGGAAAGCGUGGGAUAAGUUAAUGUCUCGAUGCAUGUUAAUUUGUAUUUUCUUUUUCCAUGUUGUUUAUCAUGUAAAAACGUGUUAUGGUUUAGAGAAAAGACAUAGUUUUUUUUCU